ACUAAAAAGUCAAAAAAAAAAUAGUUUGGAAAGUUUUUUUAAAUCCGUUUUUUAAUGUUAAUUGUCUUCUAGCCCUAAAAGUGACUUUCAUUUCAUUCACUUGCAAAAAAAGGAAGAGUAAAGUGAGUUGGGAAGAAAAACAAGGGUGCAUAGAAGAAAAACCAGCAAGGAGGAAGCUCAAGUUUUCUUCAAUUUGUCACAUUGGAGCUGCAUUGUGUUUCGAUUUGGUGCAUCAAGAGUUGGAUAGGAAGAGUUUGCAGCUCAUUUCAAGCUUGUUGUAAGAGCAAACUUCACUUUAUUAUUUGCCUCAACUUCAACUUUCACAAAACUAUCCUAAAAUGUCUACUUCAGCUUCUAGACCCCCCAUGAGAAAGGACCCUGCUUGGAAAUAUCAUGAGGAUUUUCCAGGGCAAGGAAAGGGGCAAACAAAAUGUAUGUUUUGCAAAACAAUAUUCCAUGGAGGUAUAUAUAGGCUGAAAUACCAUAUUGCUGGUGUGCGUGGACAUGAUGCCUAACCAUGCCUAAAAGCAGUCUCUGAGGCCAUACGUGAUUGUUAUGUAAUGGUUGAGGAGAUUGAAAGAAAAAAGAAACAAAAGGAGGAUCGAGCGGCCAUUGGGAGAGAGACAGUUUUAGGAAGAGGGACACAGUUAGGUUGUGUUGGAGGCCCUUCUUCCUUACCUCCAUAUCGUCCCACUCAGUUUGCUACUGUUGGUGCUUCCGUUUCUGCUUCUGCUUCUAUAAGUGGCAGUGCCACCGCCACUUCUCAUGCUCCUACCACUAGUAGUUGUAGUGGGAAUGUUACCAUUGGACCUAGGAUUCGUAAAUCUAGGUUGGAUUCCUUCUUUGUGCCUCGCACUAUUCCUGGGUCCCAACCGUCGCUUGAGGGCAUGGGUUGGAACAAGGAGGUCCAUGAUGCUGCUAAAAUGGCAAUUGGCAGGUUUUGGAGCUACAGCUGUAUUCCAUUCUUUGUAGCCAGGUCUCCUUAUUGGCAACAAAUGGUUGAUGCCAUUACCAUAUGCGGGGCGGGGUUCAAAGCCCCUAGUGAGGGUGAUUUGAGGGGACCCAUUUUGUCUCAAAUGGUGGAUGAUGUGAAAAAGGAUUUAGAUGAACAACGCCACAUAUGGAGCACUAAAGGUUGCACCAUCAUGACUGAUGGUUGGACGGAUAGGAGAAAUAGAACUCUCCUUAAUUUUCUUGUUUCUUCCGUAGGGGGCACCGUUUUCAUCAAGUCCAUUGAUGCCUCCACCCAUUGCAAGAAUGCCACCUACCUAUGUGAGCAAAUAGAGGAGGUGAUUGAAGAUGUGGGUGAGGAGAACGUGGUACAGGUGGUGACCGACAAUGCAGCAAAUUAUGUUGCUGCGGGUAAACUUUUGAUUACAAACUAAUUUUGUUUGCAAAUUAAUUACUAUCUUGUAGUUUGUACCUCCAUUAAUUACAAUUUACAAUGCAACAAAUUAUGUUGCUGCAGGUAGACUAUUGAUGGAGAGGCACCCAUCUAUAGUUUGGACUCCAUGUGCUGCUCAUUGCAUUGACCUCAUGUUGGAGGAUAUUGGAAAAAUCCCAUGGGUCAAGACAUGUGUAGAAAG